CGAGAUAGAGCACACGUUCGGUUGGCUGAGCUCAUAAACUCUAAAUUAUGAAUAUUUCCUAUGUACAGUGGACUUAAAAUAGUGUUUAUAUUUUAUGCGGAGAGAAGUUCUAACUGAAAAAUGUGCAAUAUUAUCUGUUUGACAUCAGCUGUUAGUGGUGUGGAAUACAUAAUUGAAUUUACUAUAUUCUGACUGAAAUAUUUUUUUUAAACAAUUGUAGCGCUUGUGUGUAAUUGAUAGCUUAGUUUUUCUGUUUGUCCACAAUUUACGGCUUAAUAAAACGAUGACUGUGGCGGAGAAAACGAACAAUGAAUAUUUUCUUUCCUUCUUACCUACGGUCAACUCACCGCCAGCAUCCCGCGAAAUCACUGGGAUAUCAGCGUCUUCCUAUCGCCCUUACAAUGAAGAUUAUCCUUCCGUCCAACGAAGCAUUGAGAGACAAAAUCAAAAAGAAUAUCAACAUGAACCAGAACGAAAGCAAAAAGACAAAAAAUGGUCGAUUGGGAAGUUGUUCAGACGAAAAAAGAAAGAGGAAGAUAGUGGCACAACGUCACAAAGCGACGAUGGUAUCAGUGGUAAAUCAACAUCGAAGAGAAAGAGUAAAAAGAAAAAACGUACACCAGGCGUAAAUAAUUUCGAUCAUAUUGUUAUAAGGGACACUCGACGUGCCCAGAGCUUAGCGAACUCUAAUCUACGUGAUGUUAUUGAUGACGCCAUCUUAUCAGAUCCAUCAGCAGGAUUUCUAAAUUACAAAACUAAACAUCAAGAUGAGCUGUCCGAUUACAAUGAUCAGACUGAUUUCAAUAAAGAAAAUAACAGGAAAACAGAUAAGUUUUUACUUGACACCCCUAAGAAAACCAGAAGAAGUAGACUUAAAGCCAGAGUGGAAGCCUUAAGAAAUAGCAUGAAAGGUGAAUCAAGUAGCGAUGAGGAAUCACUAAAAUCAUCAAAUUCAUCUUCAAUGUUGCGUUUCAGAAGCGAAGAUUCGUUAAUGCGAUCCCGAGAUAGUUCAUUAAAUAAAAGAUCCCGUAGUGCUCGUAAUGAAAGAUAUAUUAAAAGGUUAUCUAGGGAUGAAGAAAAUCAAUUAAAUAAAGAAGCUGAGUUAUUGCAACAAGGAUAUACGAAGGCUGAAGUUGAAAUGAUGACAAGGACUCCGACUAGCCAGAGUAGUGGUUAUGGUACUUGUAAAAGGGAAUCUACCAAUAAUAGCUGUGCCAUUGAACAAACUAAUACAAAUGAUUAUAACCGUCGUACUUUGCAAGCAGAAUCAGUAUGCUCAUUUCCAUCAAAUCAGAGUUAUCCUUCUUCCAUUAACUUUAACGCUAAGAUUAACAAUGAACAUAUUAACUAUUCCAUUAAGUAUCCAAAUAAUAACAUCCAGCGCAAUUCACAGUAUCCAAGUAUUAAAAAUAACAGGGAAUUUACACCAGUUUCAAAUGAAUAUGCAAAUCCAGAUUCUAUUAUGUCUGUCAAGUUACCAUUAGGAAAUAUUGGGGGCAUUAAGAAUGAAGUGAGAGCACCUCCUACUCCACCGCCUCGUGAUAUGCAACGAAAAGUAGUUACACCCCUUUCAAUGUGUUAUAAUCAUAAUUCAACGGACAAGAAGAACACACAAAAUAACUAUAUACACGGUGUCCCAAACAACGACUUUGAAAGAAUCAUGCGGCGAAGUCAAGAAAGAACUAUACCUAGCGUAAAUGGGCUACGUCGACCAAUAUCAAGUUCAGAAGAUCACAUUGCUAUGGUAGAAAAUGAACAAACUCUGAAUCAUAGAUAUAAAAUCGAUCAACCAAGACGACCUGCUUCUGUUUCAGCUGAACCAAAUCAUUAUAGUAAAUAUAUGAAUAGCUCUAUGUGGAAAAAGCGUUUAGAAGAUAACAAAUCUGUGAGACCAGAUUCGGUCCAGCUACAUCAAGAUUACUUGUACUAUGCAGAUCAAAGUCCAAGGUCUAGAAGACCUAUUAGCAUUAAGACAAGCCAAAAUAUUAAUGAAAACCAAUACCUCAGUGACUCUCAAACAGCUCAACUAAUGGAAUCUGCUCACAGAAAACCAAGAAAUGCUACUGAUUUUUGGAGAAAAAUUGAUGACGCAGAAAAACAACGAAAACAUUGUUCUAUUCCUAAUCGACGGGCAAGUAGUGAAUACAGAAGUAAUACUCAAUUAUACCAAGCACAACCAGGACAACAUAUUAUUGAAAAAGGUAAAAAUGAACAUACUGAAAAAUCUACAAGAAAUCCUCUUAAAUGGAGAGCUCAAAGUGAAUAUAAGACACUUGUUUCGGUUGAUCCACCACAACAGAACACUGAUAUUAUUUCAAAAACGCAUACAAGACAUAAAUCUGAUACAUUUAACCCAAAUACAUUUGGAGUAGCAUCGGACGAUGAAAAUAAUUCAGAACAAAGAAAAUCCACAAACCUUGAUGAUGCUCUGAAUGAACUUGAAGCCAUUUAUAAUAGCUUAGGGUUAGGAGAUGAAGAUUUGCUUGAUAGAGCAGAGAGAAGAGAAUUAAUGACACCGAAAUUUAACGAAAACUGUAAUGACUGGAACGGAAACAAUGAUAACAUUCAUCUGCAAAGUCAGCCGUCGACACCAUUAAGGCGCAUAAGUAGAAGAUCUACUUUACCCGAUAAGUUACAAGAUGAUAUGGCAUUCCGGCGAAUGAAUUCGUUCAAUAAAAAAGAAAAACCUAAUUACAAGGAUGCACAAGCUCAAAUUAGUUAUAUGUUGGCUUCACCAGUAUAUAUACCCUACGCUUCUGAUGACGACCGCCAAUCGGAACGGAAUGAACCUGAUAUUGUCCAUGAUGAUGUAGUGUACAGAAAUAUAAAAGAUACUAACAGUAGAUUGAAAACAAUGGAUCCUCAGCCACCAUUUGGCAUUCCUGUAGGACCUGUAUCACCCGCUCCACAAAGUGAUUAUUUACACGCUACACCUGAAAACAGGAUAAGAUAUCGUUUCAUUCCCAAAAAGUCACCAGAUCUUGUUGCAGAUGAUCUAGCCUAUCGCAGUUUGAGAAAAGAUAAUAGACAAUCAUCUUUGUUCAAUGGGUCGGAUUAUAAUGGUCUAAAUGAUAACAAUCAAAAUAUGACAGAGUAUCCAGCUAGUUUAGACACAUCAAAUCUAAAAAAGAAACGAGCUGUUAGAUCUUUAUCAGCCAACAUAUUUUCUAUGAUCCAAAGAGAAAUAGAUGACACAAUCAAAUUAGCAAAGCCAAAUGGUUUACAGAAAACAUACAGUAAUAGUGAUGUAAUGAAACGUCUUCGAGAUACUUUCGAACAAUCUGAUAGCAAUCAACGUGAACAUUAUCCUCGAAAUAAGGUAAAACAACGACAUAAUACAAUAAAUUUGUUUGCUAAUAAUAAUUACACAUCCACACCUCAUUUCGCUAAAGAUGAUUCAUUUAUUCAUAGUGAUGAUAAAUUAUUUGCUCGUUCAUCUUCAUGUGAUAAGGCCACCAACUCAUCACCAUUAAAUUCUUCCCCGAAGAGGUCUUCAAAAGGCGAGUUUCAGCAAGUUUUAAGCAUCCUUGCACAGGAAGCAAUGGACACAAGUAAUAAGUUAGGAGUGGCAUUAGCUGAGUUAGAUAAAAACAAAAAUAAAAAUGAUUCUGCAGAUCAUCAAAAACAAGUUAAUGAUAAUAGAUUGAGUUUGCUCAGCGAUUUAACAAGUAACAAUUUGAGUAGCUCAAACGUUGAUUUGGAACCAAAUAAUGCACAAUUUUCUUCAAAAGCAAAAAAUACGGAAGACAGCUUACUGGCAUUAUCUGAUCAACUAAACAAAGUUGAACAUUGCUUAAAACAUGGUUAUGAAAAAGAAAUUACAUGCUUAGACGAGGUCUCAAGUUUGGUAACUCAAAUCGAAAGUGAUCAAAAAACUUUUCACGAAAAUUCGAAGUUACAGAAGACAGAGAAGGGUGAGCACACUGCCCAAAAAAUAUUUUCUAAUAAAAUAUUUUGCAGUAAAACGAGGGAAGAACCUGAAACUUUAUCAGGAAAUACUCAAUCCGAACAUGUAACGAAAAUCACACCCUUAAAAUUUCAUCCCUCGAACCCAUUUUUAUGCACAGAUGAAAAAGUGAGUGAAUUAAAUGAGAUGAAAGCUUUUAAGGAAUUGAAAGAUGGAAUAUCGGAUUUAAUUGCCGGAAUAACUGAAGUGCACGAAAAGAUUUUCGUUUCGAAGACCGACAAAUGCCCAACAAAUAUAAAUGACAAAGAAGUAUUAAAUAAAUCUACUGUUAUUGAAAACGAAAGUGACUUAUCCCAGCCUAAACUAGAAAUUUUUCACAACAAAUAUGUUGCAAGCGAAAGUAAUAAUAAGAUAGAGAAGGGUGGUGAUGCCGAUUCAACCGAAUACAACUCAUCGGAGGAGUUAGCGACGAUUUUUAAUUUUGACAAAAGGCCGUCGUCAACUUCAAAAAGUACAACAGAAAUUGGCAAUCAUAAACCAAAUGACGAGAAACGUCCUGAUUUGGAUUCUCCUAAGUUGGUUCGUUCCAUGAAUCAGCAUUUGAGAAGGUUGUCGAUUGAUGAAAGUACGUCUAGUCAAAGUAAUGCACUGCCAAAUAACGUAGUACCUUGGAGAGCUAAGAGGCAAAAUAAUUGUUCACAAAAUGAUGACAAAGGCGAAAAUAAUACGAAGUCAAAGCGCAAUUGGCACGACUCAAGCACGUUGAUGUUAGCUUGCUCCUACACCCUGAUGCUCUCCCAAAACUUGGCAGAAUUGGACUGGUUGACGCUGUUCGGCUUACUGUUGGCAAUGAUAACCUUCAUCGCUAUGCUCAUAGUAUAAAAUAACAACGACUGCAACCGACUCGAUCCAAGUUUGAGUUUGAUAUUUUUAUAAGGCCUCAACCAAAUUUUACUAUUAAAUUGUUUGAAAUUUAAGAUAUUUAUUUGUAUCAAAUUAAUUAUUAUUAAAAUAUCAUUAUUUAUAUCAAAACUCAUACUUGGCGUAGGUUGAACAAUAGUAAUAAUUCGACCUUUUAGCCAAUUAUUAACAAACCAUAAUUAGAUGUCGUGGUUUUAGUUAUACAGUGCUAUACGAUUUUUAAUUUGCUUUUUAUGCUUGCAAUGAAAUUUCAGUUAAAAUUGUCUGCGUCCUUUUAAUUUGGCCACACAGCGCGGUGCGACUUUAGAAAAGCAAUUUUGAGACAAAAUUUAACUAAAUAAUAUUAUCUUAAUUAUAACUCUUUUUUAUUCAUUCACUCUCAUUUCUAUAAUAUUAAGCCUUUACUAUUACAGAAAUAAAAUCGUAAGUAAUUAAGCAUAACUAAUGAUAUACAUUAUAUUAUAAUUAAAUAUAAAUUAUUAUACUUACUGAAUUUUAAAAUUUUGUACAUAUUGUAGAAAUAAAACGGAACUUUUAAAUAUCGGUCACACUGUGUAGCAUAGUGAUUAUAACUUAAGAGAAAACAUAGUUUUAAUAAAGUAAUCCCAUAAUAUUUAUUUUAAUAUUACAAUUUGCAUAUAUCUAAUGGCUAUAUAAUUUGUAACCUAUUGGAAUAUACCUACCUAAGAUUUUGUAAUGAAUUGCGGUUGAUAAAAUAACACACAGCAUGAUACUUGAUAGAGCAGACUGUAAAGAAUUAAAGUUUUUUAUUAAAAAUAUUAUGGAUUUUUAACGAAUUUAUGGUUGUCGUUAUUAAAAAAAUACUAUAAAGUUUAAAUGUUACUUUAAAUUGGUGAAAAGAAAUUAAUUUAAUUAUGUAGGUCUAUGUGCCAAAUUUAAUUAGGUAUGGAAACGUAAAUGCAAUUUAGUCCAGCAUGUCUAGAUUGUGCAUGUUGUUUUUGUAAUUUGUUUUAUUUUAAUUUACGAUGUAUCUCUAGUUCAGAAUAUUUAUAUUGAUAAUAAUUAAGUUACAGCAUACAAAAAGAAAUCGUUGUAUGUAGGUAAGCAGCCAAUUUUUUUUAAAUCAUCAAGAAGCCCAUACUUCAGCUACGGUUUCAUCGCAAUCUAGGGAAACUAAAAUAUUUGGGGUAAAAUUUAUAAGAACAUUCUUGAGGCCUUUGUCCAGUAGUGGACGUCUUCCAGAUGAUGAUGAUGAUGCUAACUCAUUCUUAUAUGAAAAUCGGUUGGACAAGUCAAGUUAAUUUAACAUUAAUAUAGUAUUUAGGUAAUCGGUGUUUCCGGGACGAUACGACAUGGGUACCUUCAAGAAAAGCGCGUACACCUUCCUUAAAGGCCGGCAACGCUCUUGUGAUUCCUCUGGUGUUGCAGGAGAGUGUGGGCGGCGGUGAUCAGUUAACACCAGGUGACCCGUACGCUCGUUUGUCCUCCUAUUCCAUAAAAAAAAAAAAUUUAGGUAAUCCUGGGCAUUUGAGGAACAUGCGACGAGUGUAGUACACGGUAAAAUCCAAAUGGGUUUAUAUUUGUACUUAAAUUUAAGUAAAUUGUAAAAUACUUUUUUUGUGUGUAAAAUAAAUAAAUAAAUAAAAUAUACUUAAAGCAAUAAUUAACUUUAUUUGUCUGUUCUAGGUGGAAUAUGAUAGCCAUGCUAAAAGCUCUGCAGGAUAUUAAGUCCACAUCGAUAUUAUGCUUAUAAAUAUAAUUUGUUAGUUAUUACUUACCACUAUUUAAGUAUUCUUGUUUCAUCGUUGUAUGCGACAUUAUCCAUAAUUUAGAGGCUUCCAUUUAAGAGAGCGUUAUUUAUAUGAAGUUAUUAUUUGAAUAAAAUAUUUCAGUUAAUAA